UAAAAACGCCUUUUGAAAUUGUCGUUCACGUGCAUAUCCUUAUUUUUGUAAUAUAUCAAUAUAAUCUCAAAGGUUAUUGUUUUACCAUGGAGAUGUUUUAUAUUAGCCAGAACUCGACGACGCAAAUUUUCAAACGUUCAAGGUCGUAUCUCGUAACAAUUAGAUGCAGCUUGUGAUUUGCAAACUACUGAAUAAUCGAUUGUCUGCAUCUGCACUUUGAGUUUGGUAACCGCAAUUAGACGGGCGCUCAUUAGGCGAAGAGUCUCUACUCACCUAAUUAUAUACUCUAACGCAAAUCAAGGCAUCUGAUCGAGUUCCACCUAACGAUGUCCAAUGUACCGAUCUCGGUAGGAAGUGGAUACUCUUCUUUGACUGGAUUUAUUUUUCUUUUUAACAUAAUUGUGGGCACUGGCGUUUUGACACUUCCAGCCGCGUUUCAGGAAGCAGGAUGGUUGAUCUCUGUAUGUGUUGUAGUUAUUCUGUGCUUUUUGAGGUAAGUUGCAUACUUUCUAUUCUCUCAGCUUUUUAACUUUUACAUUUGUCGUUGAAGCGUUAUCUAUAACCAAUGCAUUACUCAAAUCUAAAUAUCUACGUGUUCGCAAGUUUUUAUCGCGUUUAAAAGCUUACUUUACUUUAGGAGGGUGAACAGCAUGAAGAUAAUGAAAUUCUGGUUGGUAGAAUGUCUGGUGGUACAACUAGAAUUGUCCCAAGUGACUUCGAAAUUACGGAGAAAUACGAGCUUGUUAGGGUUUUCUCUUCUUGUAAUACUUCUUUUCAGGGUCAAAUGUCGCUCUUUUAUUUUGGAAAAGUGGGGAACGUUUUGAUGUACAUCAACAUUUGUGCGUAUUUAUAUGGUGACCUGACCAUUUACUCUUCAGCAGUUCCAAAGUCGUUACGCAAUGUUAUCUGUUCUUUUAAUAACUCACGGGAUUCUUUGUCGGAUUCAGAUCUUUGUUGGGAAUCGUCAUCUCUCACUCGCUUAGACGUGUAUAGGAUAUUAGUUGUUUGUUUUGGUGCAUGUGUUUGCCCAUUCUUGUUCUUCAAUGUAAUUCGUUCUCGAUGGCUUCAACUACUGACCGUUUGUCUACGAUGGAUUGGUUUUAUUUUGAUGUUGAGUUUUUCAAUUGAAAGAGCUAUUAUUCUGCACAAAAACUUUACAAUUGCAACGUUUCACCAUAAUGUUAGUAUGUAUUGGAAUCCUUCAAUCUAUUCAUUACUUAUAAAAUCUGAACCAGUUCCAAAACCGCCAGCCUUUCAACCUCAAAAUAUACCAAGUUUAUUCGGAGUUUGUGUGUACGUAUUUAUGUGUCAUCAUUCUAUACCUGGUAUUGUAACUCCUGUUAGAGAUAAGAGUAAAAUACUAUGUAGAAUAUUUAUACCUGUCUUCAUUACAGUUCUAUCGUUUAACCUCUUAUUAUCUACUACAGCUAUCAUUGCAUUUAAUCAUAUUGAAGAUAUUUACACACUGAAUUUUCUACCGAACAAUGAAUUUAUCGACAUAUCACAAAUUCCUUAUACAUUAGCUUUGAUAAUAGGUUAUUUUUUAUGUUUAUUUCCUGUGUUUGCGUUGACUUCAUCUUUUCCAAUAGUUGGAACUAGUUUACUUGGGAACAUUUUUUCUUUAUGUAACUUCUUCUCUGCAUUCGGAAGUGACAGAGCUCAAAACAUUUUGAAGUACACAUUACCAUUUGUCGUACUACUGCCACCAUUAGGGAUUGCAUUAAUAACUAAUAAUGUUGGAUAUUUAACUGGUUUUACCGGGGCAAUUUUUGGUUCAGGUAUGCAGUAUAUAAUACCAGCGCUGUUAGUAUUUAAAGCACGUCGAUACUUUACACACUGUGUUCCUCUGAAAGAAUCUUAUCUUGAAACAACAACAGAUCUACAGCAAAGUGAUGAUACGACAUCGGCAACUGUUGGUGAACAAAUGAUACAACCAAAUUCCAGCAAUAAUAAUACGGAGAAUGAGAAUAUCAUGUAUGGUUCAACAAAUGACAUAACAAUACCACAUUCUGUUUCAAUUAUAGGAAAAUGUUCCAACCAUCAUUUAUUGUCUAUUUCUAUGCAUGCAUCACCAUUUCAGAACUUUUUCUGGAUAAUAAUAGCUUUAAUUUGGGCUUUAUUUUGUACUAUCAUUGUCCUCAUUGACAAAAUACACCAUCUUUGAACGCAACGUUUCUUAGGAUUUCAUUUUUUCUGAAAAAUCUAAACACGUUUUAUCCCUCUUUAUCAGGACCUCUUUGUUGAUUAUGGUUACUUCUACUGAAUCACAAUAGUGAUUUUAUAUUUUUAAUCAAUACUAAGCUGAUUAAACUAUAUAUAUAUUACACACGU